AUGGCUAAGGAUAAUUUAACCAGUUUAAUUUCUCAAUUGAACAUUCAGUUGUCUCAAGAUGAGCAUUCUCAGGUCGAACAGACUUGCGUGAAAUUGUUGAAUUCAGGCUGCCAAGACCCAGCAGACGUAUUUAGACGUUGUUUGGUGGCUGUUAUUCAACAAGAUAAAUACCAAAGAGCCUUGCACUAUUUGAAGAAGUUCGAACACAUUGAUGAGAAAUUCGGUCGCAAAUUUGCGUUAGAAAAACUGUACAUUUUUUACAAAUUGAAUAGUUCCGACGAAUUUAACUCAUUGUACAGACAGAUUGUCACAGAUGACCUCGAUACUGUACUGAAAAAAGGAAUCGAGUCACUAAGAGGCAUCUUACACGUGAGAGCACAGUACUGUUACAAGAAUGGUUUGUAUGAAGAGGCUUUCAAAAUCUACCAACAUUUAGCUAGUCACAACGAUAGGGACCAGGACAGUCAAAUCGAAUUGGCUUGUAACGAAAGGGUUCCACUAUCGGUAGUACCAGAAUUAAUGAACAGAUCUCCGUUAGUGACCACCAUAGACGAAUCUUCCUACGAUUUAUUGUUCAACGAAUCAUUUAUCCUGACAUCCUUAGGUCAAUAUGAUGAGAGCAUCAAAAUAUUGGAGAAGGCCCUACAAGCAGCCACAGAUGAAGGUUAUAAAAACGAUAUCAAUACCAUCAAUUUACAAUUAUCCUUUGUUUUGCAAAUGAAGGGGGAAACCACGAAAAGCAAAGAGAUAUUAAAAAGCUUAUUAAAGGAACUAGAAGCAUCUUCUCCAUUUUAUUUGAUCUGUAAAAAUAACCUGAACGCAUUCGUUGAUUUAUCCAAAUAUAACACCAAUUUUAAUCUACUGUUGAGGGAAUUAAACGUGGAGAGGUUAAACACUUUCAAUUCACAGACCUUCACAUACGAGCAAUGGUCGAACAUUCAACGUAAUAUACUAUUUCUACGUCUGUUCAAUAAUGGCAAAAUUAAUUCCCAGGGUUCCAUUCUGUCAAAAACUGCUCACAAAUAUUCUGAGUUAGUGGAUAAUGUCACUUUGGAAAGUUACAAGACACAAGCCAAGAAACUUUAUCAUCAUGUCACAAAGAGCAUCUUAAGUGGCACAGAGGGUAGUGUAAUUGGUUUGUUACUGCUAGCUAUUCAAUUGUUAAUAAUAGAAAAGGAAUGGGAAAAUGCUAUCAGAAUAAGUGAACUAUUCUUGAAUGAAAGUUGGAAAUCAUCUUUUGAAAACUUUGACGAUUCACAGGCAAUUGUAUGCUACAUUUUAUUUGAACUAUACAAGAUUAAAGGGAGAAACCAUUCAAAAAGUAUCUUGUUAAAAAAAUUAGAUUCUGUAAGAAUGCAAUUGAAGGGAAAAACCCAAGAAAACAUACCAUUCUGGAAGCACGUUGGGUUCGAACUAUUGUCCAUAGGCAACAUUAAAGAAUCGAAAGCUUUACUCAGGGAGCUCUCAAGCUUCAAUAAAGCUAACGAAGAUGAACUAGUCAACAGAAUUGUCUCAUCCAAUUCUUUGGAUAUAGCGCAAGGCAUAGAUUUGGUGAGAAACAUUGAUGUUAAAGAAUUAAUUCAACUAGGUGUAAAACCUUUAGAAUCUUCUGUAAAGAAAAAUAAGGCCACUACAAUUAACAAAGUACAAAAGAGGAAAAUCCUAGAACUGAAAAAGAAAAGAAAGACUAAGCGUGUGGACAAAUUCCUACAAGGCCGUGACGCUUCCAAAUUGCCCGAUCCUGAAAGAUGGCUUCCAAUAAAGGACAGAUCUACAUACAGACCAAAGAAAAAACAACAAGGCGGGAAACAAACCCAAGGUGGUGCUAUGAACAAGAAGUCUGAACAAGCCCUUGAUAUAUCAAAGAAGGGGAAGCCUGCUGCCAAUAAAAAAGCUAAGAAUAAAAAGAAGGCUCGUAAAUAA